UCAAGCUAAAAAAGGAUACUUAUAUAUAAAUCUUAAGACUGAAUCCAUUAUGAUGCUUAGAAACGCGUGGUCUGGAAGGAAUAAAGGGCUAAAGGUGUUACUUAAAAUAAGUUUCUUUAGUAUUAUUGUUAUAUUUGGAGCUGGAACACUUUUCUCAAAUUUUGAUAUUCGAAGACGAAUUACCAUGCAUUUGGACAAAUUGGGUAUGCGGCUAUUUUUUAAAUCGACAAAACCAGAGAACAAGACUCGAUAUGGACACAUUCACAGAGAAAACAUUAGUCACGCUCCUAUUGACAGCAUAUACGCUAUUGCAGAUGGCUUCGAACCAGACGUUGUUCGGGAUUUUCCCUCUGUUGAAGGCGCUGAGAACAGGAUUCCUCGAAUAAUGCACCAGAUGUGGAUAUCAGACGAAAAUGACAAUGAUACAAGUGAUAUGAUAAAUGUACCAACACAGUUUGAAGCGUCCGUAAAGUCAUUUUUCAAUAUGCAUAGUCAAGCCGAUUGGAACUACAUGUUUUGGGACAGAAAAAAGGCCAGAAGCCUGAUAUCAGAAAGAUACAAAUGGUUUCUAGCCGUGUUUGAUAGUUACAUGGAAAAUAUUAUUAAAGGAGACGUGUUAAGGUACAUAGUUUUGUACGAAUUUGGGGGUGUUUACGCCGACCUUGACCUUACAUUUCUAAGACCUCUAAACAGGGUUACUGUAAAGUACCCUUGCGUGCUUACACUGGAACCCUUUGAGCAUCCAGUGUUCAACAGUGGUCAACCAUACAGAUUAAAUAACAAUCUUAUUUUCUGCAGACCAAAGCACCCUUUUAUGAAAUAUUUGAUCGACAACUUGCCGUAUGCAAGAAUGAUGGUACAUAGCUUGGAUAUAUCUGGACCUAGCUUCAUUUCUAUGUGUUACCUUAUGUAUUCAAACAUAUCAAAAGAUGAAAUGUUCCAUGCCAGUCAAAUGAAACAUCUUGAUGGUGUAGAACCAUUUCUUUAUAAAGGAAGACAGCAAUUUAGAGAGGAAGACUCGUUAUAUUUGGCUAACACUCAAUAUUUUUCUUUGCCAGUGGCUAACGCAGACAAUGGCAAAUGUAGCACUGACCGAACGUCUUCCCUUGUUCAAAGGAUGUGUGCAUAUCUGAAGAAACGAAGCUUCGUAAGGACUCUGAAUAUGUUUACCUUUACAAAGCAUGCCUGGGCAAAUUCAAAUGUCAGCCCUAAGAGAUUUAUGAAAACUGUCAAACUCAAUAAGAGUUUAUUAUGGAAUAAAACUGUAUCAAAUUGACUUUCAUAAAUACCCACUUAUAAUGAGUCGUAAAAUUGUAGUAUCUGCAGAAGUAGCAUUAGCUGUAACAGAAGUAGUAUCAUUUAUUUUACGCCUCUCGAUAGUAAAGCGUGACAUAUGUCUAUCUCAAAACGAGAGGAGUUACAGACAGGUAUUGAUUGGUAUUGAUUGGUAAGUCUUGCAGGAGCAUUUUAUGAUGUAGGUGCAAAUUGUUAUGUAGUCAUUCUACCAGUCGACUUCACGCUGUUUCGUUAAUCUAAUUUCUAUUUUACAAGGUAUAUUUGAUAUAAUGCCGUUUUGGGUCAUAUAUUUGAAUCCAGACGCAUGAAUGAGGCUAGAAAGUAAUAAUUUGUGAGCCGACUCUUUAAAACAAACUUACAUUAUGUGUCGGCAUACAACGAAAUCCCUUUCUUCGUUAUAUAUAAAAUGACUCCUCUUUACAACUUUAUUAUGAAUUUCAAGGAAAUAGUUUAAGGAGAUUUUAACUGAUUAUGAACAUUUUGUCUAUUAUAUUAACACCAGAAAACCAUAUCAAGACCAAUCCGUGUUUUGUUAUCAUUCUUUGUUUAAAGUCACUUUAUAUGACGUCCAUGUGGCACAGUAGUGGCUGCAUAUCUUCGGUCAUCUGUGAAUCCAUCCACCCAAGAAAGAGGUCAUGCAAAAUAGAAUUCAAAACCACAUUCAUGUCUUUAAAUAUAAUAUAAAUCAUGUGUAAACUUCAAAAUACAUACAGAAAUGCAAUGAAC